AUGACUAGUGUUGGUCGAGCGCUGAAGUCAAGAAAGUUGAUGCCGCAUUUUAUUAGUCCAUUUCAGAUUACAAAAAGAGUAGGAGAGGUGACCUAUCGUAAUGCUUUAUCACCGAUGCUUGCGAAUUUAAACGAUGUGUUCCAUGUGUCUCAGUUGCGUAAAUACAUUGUGGAUCAUUCUCAUGUGAUCCAAGUUGAUGAUGUACAGGUGAAGGACACCUUGACUGUUGAGACAUUGCCUGUGAGAAUUGAAGAUCGAAAGUUGAAGCAGUUGCAGGGUAAAGAGAUAGCAUUGGUCAGAGUAGCAUGGGGAGGACCAACAGGAAUGAUGUAUGAUUGA